GUCAGUUUCUUUGGCUGCGGUGCAUAUAUAGAAUGAGGCGUAAACUAAAGAGAAAUAUAGAACAAAGAAAAAGUCCCUCUCCUUUCGCAAGUGACCGUACUUUUUUUUUUUCUGAGAAGAGGGGGGUUUUAUUCAGCGACAAUCUUACCGUGUUUUUCUUUUGUUUUUUUUAUACUAUGGACCAUUCACAUAUUCAAGCAACACUCGACCCACACACAUAUCAAGAGUUAGAAGCACUUCGAGGCAAAUUAUGGUCACUUCAAGAAACCUUUUCAACUCACUUGACCUAUUUAAAAGAACCUAAAUACCCUUUCACUUGGCCUGACCUCUUGAACAAAUUCAAUAUGCUAACAGCAAAGUUCGCUACACUCUCUGAGGAUUUCCACAGCUACACAACGACAGGAAGUAAUGCGACAUUACCCAAAUUAAUGGUACAUCCUUAUAUACCCACUACUACUGAACAAGAAACCAAUAUCCUAAGUGUGCUUUUAAGAACAAAGUUGAUUCCAGAUAUUGAACGCCUUGAAUCAGAGACGCAGGCAGCCAUUGCACAAGAAAUGAAGACGGAGAGCGUGGUUGAACAAAGACUUGAUGAUGACCAACUGAUAAAAAACCAACUGGAUCAAUGGAACCAAUUAUUAGAGAGACACGAUCGAUUAGCUAUGGAUGCAGCACAAUUUGUGUCUGAAUUAGCCUCGGAUCAUCGCCCUAAUUUCCUGCUAAGAUAUGAGCACCAAAUAGACGAAGAAGAAAGCGAAGAAGAAGAACAAAAAGAAUGGGAAAAGAUGGGAUUCCCAAAUGAAGAAGUCUGGAAGCGUUGGAGGCUAGAAUGUAUGAUGAAUUACUAUAGUAGUGGCAAAAAUGAACUGGUUGGCAGUGAUAUCAAGAAACUAGCCAAUGGUAAAAAAUAAUAAAAGAGUCGUACAAAUAUUUAUUGAACAAUAAAAUGAGCAACUCUUUUAGAACUAAAAGACAAGAAGGCAAAAGAGGG